AGAGAGAGGUGGUAUGUCAUUCAUGCUAUAUGAAUAGGGUGGAUAACAGUGGUGAGACAGCUGCAGAUAGAUCACAUUGGGAACAUCUGUCAAGAUAUUCAUUGUUUCGGAGCAUAUUUCUAUUCUACUGGUUUUGCCAUUGGGUCUACAUUUGCACCAUUCUAUAACCGGAUUUGUAUGAUAUGAGGAUAACUUCAGAUUUAUCUUUCCAACAGGGGAUAGUUGACAUCGGAGUAAUGAGAUGAUCAGGAAGCUCUGUAAGUUUUGAUGGCUUCAGUCUGAGCUGAAUAUUGGAGGCAUAUUGCUGGUGGAUUUUCAGAGAUGAGGAACGAAAGAUUGCGGGAGACCCUCGCCAUAUUCAUACUUCUGUUCCAGAUGUGGAAACAGGUAUCUGCAAUGGAAAUCCCACCUGAUGUGAGACAGCCUCCUAUGAUAAUCAAGCAGAGUGUCCAUGAUUACAUAGUGGAGCCAACAGACCCUAUCAUAGUGGAGUGUGAGGCCACUGGAAACCCUCAGCCAGUCUUCACUUGGACUCGCAAUGGAGUGUACCUAAAUGUCGCUCGUGACCCUCAGGUCACCAUGAAGAGGCGCUCUGGCACACUGGAGAUAUUUUUUUGGGGACGUCCAGAAGAUUAUGAGGGCAUCUACCAGUGCACUGCUACUAAUGAGUUUGGUUCAGCUCUAUCUAGUCACAUUGAUUUGCGUGUCUCCAAGGCUCGUACCUGGCUGAAAGAAUAUUUGGAGCCAGUGUCUGUGUUUGUGGGUCUUCCUUUGAUUCUGUCCUGUAAUCCCCCAGUGGGACCACCCAAGCCUCAGACCUACUGGAUGAACAGCUCUAUGGUGCCAAUUCGUCAGGAUCGUAGAGUAUCGAUGGCAUUGAAUGGAGAUUUGUACUUCUCCAGUGUCAUAGCUGAUGAUGCACUAACAAACUAUGUAUGCACAGCUCGCUUUCCCAACUCCAACAUUAUCCACCAGAAACCUCCACUAAUUCUUCAGGUGCACACAGCACGUAUGGCAGCUCAGAGUGCUCCCAAGUUCUUGAAGCCCAGAGGAACAGCCAGCAUUCAGAUUGCAAUGCUAGGAGAUGAGCUUAUCUUGGAGUGCUUUGCUUCUGGAGUUCCAGCUCCCACCAUCAAAUGGACUAAAGAUUGGGAAAGAUUGUCCAUGGACGGCAUGAAGCUGGAAAACUUCAAUAAAACUUUACGCAUUACAAAAAUCUCUAUGGAUGAUGGAGGCGACUACAUCUGUACUGCCACCAACAGGAUGGGCAGCAUGGACCACAUAAUCACAGUUAAAGUUAAAUCAACCCCAUUUUGGGUUGAGAAACCACAGAGUCUUAUUCUUUCUCGAGAUGAUAGUGGGCAGAUAGUGUGUCAGGCUGAUGGAAUUCCCAGACCCCAGAUACGGUGGCUAGUUAAUGGAGAACCUAUUGAGGAUGCUCCUAAGAGUCCUGGCAGACAAGUGUCAGGCGAUACUUUAAUAUUUCGUGCCGUGGUGCCUGACAGCACAGCUGUGUUCCAGUGUAAUGCCUCCAACCAAUACGGCUACAUCCUGGCCAAUGCUUUCCUUGCAGUGUUGGAUAUGAAGCCACGAUUGCUAGGCAUUAGAGAUGACUUGGUCAAAGUAAUAGAAGGGACUCGGACACUUCUUCACUGUCCAUAUUUUGGAUCGCCAAAACCUGACCUGCGAUGGUCAAGAGGUGGAGUGAGUUUAUCAGAGGGAAGUCGAUACAGCAUUCUUUCCAAUGGAACACUGGAAAUAAAACGCACCAAACUCCAGGACCAAGGAACAUAUCUCUGCAUUGCUAGUAACGUCAUUGGACGAGAUGAGAUGGAGAUGCAACUGGAGGUCAAGGAACCCAUUAAAAUCAUUCGUGCCCCACAUAAUUUUGUUGUAAUAAAAGGAGGCUUGGCACAAUUUGACUGUAAGAUCCAGGUUGACCCAACCCUGGAGGUAAAAGUCACCUGGCUCAAGGACAACAAAUUCCUGAUUUUUGGCAGAAGAAUGACUAAGGAUGAGGACUCCAUGAGCAUUGCUGAUGUGUAUAGAAGAGAUGAGGGGAUUUAUACCUGCAGAGUUAAGACUGAAGUGGAGGAAGUCAGUGCAUCAGCCAAACUUAUUGUGAUGGAUCGUCCUGACCCACCUACUGACUUGGAGGUGUCAGAUCCAUCAGAACGAAGUGCUAGACUCACCUGGGUGCCAGGACUAAGCAACCACAGCCCUAUCAAAGAGUAUCUGGUGCAGUACACAGAAGAUCUACUCGCUGAUUAUUGGCUUGUGGCUAGUGGCUGGAAGAACUUGACCAGUUACCCUGGCCACCUGAACUCUGUUGUAUUGAAGCUGAUGCCGUUUGUUGAGUACCAGUUUCGGGUUGUGGCAAUCAAUGUGAUUGGCCCAAGCAGACCCAGCAAGCCAUCUAUGUAUUACGAGACUGGUGGAGCUGUGCCAGAUGCCAUUCCAAGAAACAUCAAAGGUGUGGGGACUGGAGUGUUCAGAAAUAACAUGGAGAUCAGCUGGGAGCCUUUGGAGUAUAGAGAGUGGAAUGGGCCAAAGCUUGGCUACAUGGUGUGGUGGAGAAGAAGAGAUUCCAGAGAGGAGUGGAAAAAUUACACCACUUACUGGUGGUGUAGCCACAUCAUCUAUGAGACGGACACCUUCACACCCUAUGAGAUUAAAGUGCAGGCCGUUAAUUACUUUGGCCUCGGACCAGAAUCUCCUGUGAUUAUUGGAUACUCAGGAGAAGAUCGUCCCACUGCUGCUCCUACUGACUUGCAUGUCUCAGAUGUCGAGAGCACAGCGCUGACAGUCCACUGGCAGCCUGUUCCCCAAGCCAGCAUUAUGGGGGAGAUUAAAGAGUACACGGUGUAUUACUGGAGAGAGAGCAGCCGCCUGCCCCAUCACAGCGUCACUACAAGAAUCAAAUCUAAGAGUUUUAAAGCAAAUGGACCUCGACUGACUGGCACCCUAAGUGGCCUAAUUCCUUACAGCAAUUAUAAGAUCUACAUAGUAGUGGCUAAUAACCGCUUUGAGGGUCCACCAAGCAACAGGAUCGAGUUCCAAACCCUUGAGGGAGUGCCAUCAGUACCCAGAUCCUUUAGGAUCAUGCAUAGGCAUUAUGACACCAUCUACCUGGACUGGGAGGAACCUGCAGAACCCAAUGGCAUCCUAACCGGAUACAUCCUCAAAUACCAGACAUUAAAUGUUUCAGCAGGAGAGAGGGUGCAGGUGGAAGAAAUUCCCCCCAACACCACACAUUUCUCUUUGCGCCGUUUUGACCGCUACACUCGCUACAGGUUCAGUCUGGCUGCUCAGACACAGGUGGGGAUGGGAGAGGCAUUCACAGAGGAGUCGCCCCAUUUCACAACAGAGGAAUAUACCCGGGAACAAGUGGAUAUAAUCACGCAGGGAUGGUUCAUCGGGUUGAUGUGUGCCAUUGCACUUUUGGUUCUCAUCAUGCUCACAGUCUUCUUCAUUAAAAAAACACGUGGAGGAAAGUACCCAGUGAGAGACAAGCAGGAUUUUGCACUUGACUCUAUGGACGAGAAGGAUGAGGGGUCUUUUGAAUACAGGUCUCUUGAAAGGAUAGCACGUGUACCCACACUACCCUACUCCAGAAGAGAGGAUGAAAGCCGCCAAGGUCGGAUUCAGGGACACAUGCAAAUGAAGACAAAUAGUGAUGACAGCCUGAUGGAAUAUACUGAAGGUGACGAGAUCGAGUUUAACGAGGACGGCUCCUUCAUUGGUGAAUAUACAGGCACCAGUAAGAGAGACAGAGAGUCUUUUGCAUAACGCAACUCCUAAAUAUGGUGCUAGAGUGCAAACGACAUGGUGCCCACUGGUCCCUGCUAAAACCCUGAUUUGACCUCAAUCACUGCUGAGCAUUGAUGGAUGACUAUACAAGCCAAACGGAACUCGCAUGCCUUUGGCUACAUCAUGCAGCAAUUGAGCCUAAAUUAAGGCAGAGGCAUUACUUUACUAGACAAAGGUAUGGAUGUAAGCAGUGGGUUUUCAAUAGACAACAUUGAUAUGUGUAGUUAUUAGAAAUAUUAUUUAGAACACUUCACUGUGUACCAUUUUCACUGCACAUUUUCGAUAUUAUAUGGGAAAAGCAGGAAACAAUUGUUAAAAAAACAACUUUAAAACAGUCGGUUUACUGAUAUUUGGAGUCGAUUCAGUGUCUCUUGAAUGUGUAUAGGGUUAUGCUGCAGUAAAACUGUACAUUUUAAAGAUAAAUUACUAUGAACUUUAGUCAUGGGCAUUUUUACAAAUGCUAGUAAACACAGAAUGGCUUGUGUCCAAAUAUGGCAUAUACACUUCUAGACCUGUGCAAAUGCGAAUUUAUGAAAUGAUCAUAUUAUUAGUGAAUUCAAGUCAUUGAUAAGUUGAUUGGUACAGGGUAUUUAAUUAUUGUAAUUAGAUACAAUAGAUCUUUCUGGUUAUCUUUUAGGUGCUACUCAAACUUUACAGAAUUGAACUUUGUUUGCUUUCAGGGAGUUUCCUUCCCAUUCCUGUUACCUUUAUUAAUAAUGGUUCUAAGUAGAACCCUUUUAGGUACCAUUUAACUAUCUAAAGAACACUUGAAGAAUGCCCCUUUUUAAAGUGUAUGUUUUUGAAAGAUGGCUAUUUUGGUGUUCAUUCUGUGUUAGUUUUCAUGACUCAAACAGAAUGUUUUUUGUUUUUAAUACAUCAAUCAGUCUUUUCAUGUUUGUGAAUGAAAAGAAGUCAGUGACACCAUGGAGGAUAUGCAUGUGUCUCUUUAGACUGUUGAUAAAAUAAAAUCAGUAGACCUCUAGGUCAUGAUUUGGAUAUGGAUAUUAAUAAAUUAAGCUGACCAGAAUAUGACAAUGCAUUUUUAUCUCUGUGAUUAAUGUAUAUACUUGUCUGAAUUUGUGUUAACACAAUGAAGUGAAAAUCCUGAGGCACUUAUCAUUACUAAUCCCUGUCUGUGUGUAUAGUCACAGCUGUAUAAUGCAAACCAGACAGUGUAACAGUUUGUCUUUAUUUAGUUUGUCUGUCAUGUCAUCAUCUUUUGCCAUAUAAUUUAAACUGUAUGGAGUUUUGUUCGGUUCCACCUCUAACUACUCUAAAUAUAGAAUAUAGAAUAUAUUUUUAUCAGCGCUUUAAUACUCUCAUGCCAAGUCAUACAAUGAUCUUAAAUAAAAGAAACAAUAUUUGUAUAGUUAUGUCAUGUUCACAUGCUGUUGGGAAACACUGUACAGGUUCAUGUCAUUCAGAAUUCAGUAUUGUAUGUAACCUGAUUAUUAUAAAAGUAAGCCUGAAAUAUUUGAAUUUAUUGGAGUAAAAUAAUAAUUGUUCCACUUAAUAUUUAGUCAUAGCAUAGAAUUCCAUUAACCAAAAGCUUUUUACUUAUUUUCUAAUUGAAAAAAAAAAAGCUGGAUAUAUAAUUAAAUAAUAAUUAAAUGUUGAAACAUAUGCAAUGCUCUAUCCUAUCUCUAAUAAUAAGAUAAACAAAAAAGAACAUUUCCAUGAUUUCCAAAUAUGACAAAUCAUCAUGACUUUGAAAUCAACAUUGUGAAAUCAACAACUAUAUAGAUAUACAGCAUCCUGAAAUUAUCUUAAGCUUUAUGCACUUACAUUUAGUUGCAAUUUGCAACCCUAACCCUAACACCUUGCUAACAUUUAUCAGGAAUACUACUAAUAUCUUACUACAGAGAUAGCUUGACACUAUAUCAAUAUCUGCCAUCAACACUAUAUUACACUUUAUUCGCAGUUGCUUUAAAGCGUUUCUCAGAUCAGAAAUUAAAUUCUCUAAACUACUUGUUUAACUUCCACAUCAUGUAGUCACUUGUGCUCAUCAUAAAAGCAUUUCUUGUUGCAUUGAUCACAUUUUCAAUGGUUUUGUACAUUCAUUUAAUUGAUUGUGUACAAGUGUCUGCUGUUUCCUACAUUAUCAGUU